CGAGUGUUGCCGGACGGGAGACUCGGGCCUCGGCCGCGAUCGGACGCUCGCUGCAGCGCGCGGCAGGAGGAGCGAAGAUGGCGGGAGGGUGCGGCCAAGAGGCUGCUGGGAUUGUGGCGGACCCAGCGGCAAAAUGGCGGCCGUGCGGCCAGGGAGAGGCUCCUUCAAGGUGCUCUCGUCAGUUCCUCUUCAGAUGCUGUUUCACCUCAGUGGGCUGUACUAUGCCCUGCACUUCCUAGCUACACUCCUGAUGAUUGUGUACAAAAGUCAGGUUUUCAGCUAUCCUUGUAACUGUCUGGUCCUGGAUCUGGUUCUCUUGCUUCUGAUGGGAAUUCUCGAAGUAGCUCAGCUAUACCUAGGCACAAAAGGCAACCUGACGGAGGCUGAAGUGCCACUGGCUGCCAGCCUGGCAUUCACAGCAGUCAGUGGCCUCCUUUCUGUUCACUUCCUACUCUGGCAGACCUUGGUACUGUGGAUGGACUCGGUCCUCAGCACCGUUCUCCUGGUGCUGCAUGGGCUGGAGGCUGGCCUGCAAGUGGUGGUCAUUGCUGACUUCAUCAGGUAGACGGACCAGGAUAACCUGCACAGCAGUGCUCCUCAGCCUCCAGCCAGUUCUUUGCCCAGUUAAGGAGGGUAUCUUUUUUAUUGAUCAUCUAUAGAUUGUUUGUACAUCUUUUUUAGUUAGCGGGGUACAAGAGCCAGGGAGGGACAAACUGUUAGAAUCUUGAAGAUGGCCAUCAUGAACAGUAGUCUAGUGAAUCCCGGAGAUGUCUACUCAUGUCCUGUGGCUGGGGUGCUGGCUAUAGCGGGACCACCAGUGAUCCCCAGGCCAGUGGAACAUAAAGCCUUUCAGGAAGUCAUCAGCUGGGGCCAGCCCUGCAGCUCCACCUUGUCUCAGCCGCAGAAAUACAGCAUCCUGGCAGGAGUACUUGGCUGUGCUGGUCUACCACCAUGUGUUUUCUCACACACCGAUUACUGACUUCUGUGCUUCCCUGGCCCUGGGUCUUGUUCUGAAAGCCUGUUGUACUUAGUUGCCAGACCUUGGUCCAGGGCUGGGAUCCCUCUGGAGCUGCAAGGUGGCAGGCCUUGUGUUCCAGUGUCCCUCCAGUUUGGCUCCACAUCAGGCCAGCCCUGAAUGAAACUGCUUGGUUUCCAAAAGGAAACAAAAGCAAAUGUAUUCCAGGUAUGGUGGCAUGCAAACCUUUACUCCCAGCACCCAAGAGGCAAAGAUCGCUUUGUAAGUCCAAAGCCAGCCUGCCUGGUCUAUAUAGUGAUGUGCAGGUCACCCAGGGUUACACGGUGAGAACUUAGAACUUGUCUUUAAAAAAAAAAAAAAAAAAAAGUAUACGGAGAGCUGGGUAUUAUGGCCAUCUCAGCCACUGUCAUGAGUAGGGGUUGGGGUCUGGGGAGGUUCUAGGGAGUCACAGUCCACCAAACUGCAGCCUUUAUAGAGUAUCAAGUGAGUUUCGUCUCAUCUCCUGUUUUUCCUUUCCUAGCCCAUUUUUUCUCAAAAAGCAUUUAAGUAGUAUUUUUUUUUACAGUUUCUUUCAUUCUGUUAUGUGCUUUCUGUUUAUGAUGCUAUGUUCAAAUAUCUAGUUUCUCUUUUAAAAAAUAAAUAAGUAGUUAUGCUGCCAUGA